AUGGUCGCAGUUGCUGUCGAAUAUUUUGGGCCGGCAAAAACACACACCAGCGGCACGGCACACGAGAAAGUCGAGCUUGCAGAGCCGGCGACGCUGAACACGCUCAUCCAGCACGUCGGCCGCUCGUACUCGCCCGAAUUCGCUCAAUAUAUCGUCUCCAGCUGCGGAGUCGUGCUCAACGAGGACUACGUGGAAACCGAGCGCACAAGCCCCGAAUCGUUCGGCACAGACAUUGCUCUCCAGCCGGGCGACGUGGUGGGCAUCAUUCCGCCAGUUUCGAGUGGAUAA